AGUGUGAUAGUCCACGCUGCGCAGUAAUUUGGCCUUUAAAGAGAGUCGCUGGGCUCAAUUCGACUACAGUCUGUGGGACGCGAGCAAGAAGUUAAGCACUAAGCGGCGACUUAUCGGUAACAAUGGCGUCACCCGUGCGGGCACUGGUCGUCUUGCUGUUCAUGGGCGUCGCACAUACAUCCUAUGCGCAACAAUGCCUUAAGCCACAAGGAGAAGACGUGAUGAAGAAGGCUGGCCAGAUUGCAGCGGAACUGAUGAAGCAAUGCGUGCAUCUCUUGGACAAGCACCCGAUGCCUCUCAGUAUGAUCGCGGAUGCUAUGAAAACCCUUUGCGUUGACUACGCUGGAUGCCAUGACAAGCAUGCAGCUUCGGCUAAUAAGCCGGAUGAGUACAGAAAGCUGCUUAUUACUUGCGGUCAUCCACACCUCGUAAAUUUCUUCAAAAAUCAACCGGAAUUCAAACAUGAUCCAGAAGCUGUAGCGACGGAGAUUGGGACUUGCAUCAUGGACCAUAUUCCAUUGACCAAGGAGAUGGGCAUUGCGACGGCCUACUGGAUCCUCAAGAUCAUGGGCGCCCACGAGUGAACAACUUUAGUCGUUUGUUAUAUGCAGGCGGCAUGUA